CUCUUGAGGAUCUCGAUUUCCGUAUAUUUUAAUUAACCUAGGAGAGAACAUGCAGUUCCAAAUGGCUUUAAAUGUGGACAUUUUAAUUUGUUAUUUAAACUUUUCCCAAAUGACAACUCUCCCUGCAGAUGUCAGUUCUUCACUUUAGCCAAUUCACUUUUAUAUCAAUCUUUCAAAAUCAUUAUUUCUAUUUACUUUUCUUUUCUAUUAAAAUUUGCUCCGUAAUAAAACUUUCUUUUGACAUUUGGAACACCUGUAAAAUUUGCUUGCGCAUGUGAGGAAUCGAUUUUUAAUUUUAUAAAAUUUAUUGCAAUUAAAAUAAAAUAAAAUACCUACAUACAAAAAGGACUACCUGUUUAGGGAAUCAAAUAAUUAAGUUGAAGUUUAGAUUUUCUUAAAAACGAAAAUUUUUGACAUUGUAGGUAUAGGUUCGAUAUUUUCAUCUUUGUUUAAGUUUAAGGUCGCAUUAAAUAUUGCUUAAUUUAUUUAUAUUUUACACGCUAAUAUUGAUGCAUUUUGUUGCAUUUUAUAAUUUACGAAUAUUUUAAAUUAACAAUCAAUAUUAUUAAUAUUUAAUUUGGGUGACCGUCUUAAUAUUUUUUAUACAAAACUGCCUAUAUACUUUUGACCUAACCCACAAUCCAUGGAUUGUGACCUAACCUAAUAUUUAUAUGUCAAAAGGUUGUUUACUUUUGUUCGAACAUGGUAAAUUUAAGUCUGUAAAAAGUUUAUUUUAAAGGAAAUGAGUUUAUUGAGUGAACUUCAUUUCUGGACCACAUUGGAAGAUGUUUUAGUAAAGCACACAGAUUAUGGUUUAUUUAAGUAUUCAUCUAAAAAAGAUACCCAAGAAUCACUUUACUUAACAAGCAAAAAGAAUUAUUGCAAACAAAGAAAUGUAACAUGGGAUAUAAACAACAAAAGGCCACAUAAAUUGAAAGAUAGGUUAAAGGAUCUUGAGGAAUGUCUGGUAAACAAUAAAAUUGUUAGUUAUAAUUGGACAGAUAAUAAGCUACAGUUAUUGCUUUCCACGGGUCUACUAGUAAAUAUUGUUGUAAAUGGAUCCACUGGAGACAUAGUUAACAUUUUGUUUGAUAAGCAGUUAUCCACUAAGGUUCAGGCUAAUAUAAUAUGUGAUGGGGUCACAUUAAAUAACCAAGUUAUUUGUAUUUGCAAUGAUGGACAUGUUUUGGGUUAUGGAGGAGUUUGGAAAGAAGGAUGGGUUUUGGAAGGGGGUCCUAGGAGAAAAUUAAACUACUAUGGAGAAUGGUUAGCAGUAUGGGGAAAGGCAGGUUCCGAACAUCCUCAACCAUGGAGUCCUCUCGCAAAAGAUCACCAGAGAGCAAAUUUACAUCUUUACUGGAUUGGCGCAAAAGAUCCUGAAUUAUUAGCUCACAAAAAAACUGAUGGAGAACCUUUACAAGUGGUGGUCAGCAAAACUUGCAACCAUAUAUUAAUUGUGAUUGAACAAAAGGUUACUCAAAAAGGAGCAGUUUCAGUGGAAGUAAGUAACUUUGAAUUGGUAGGGAAUACCUUAAAAAGAGCUUCAGUUACGUCAGUUCCUUUGCAAACCCAAGUCAGUUGCACAUCGCUCAGUGAAUGCGAAAAUCGUUUAUUAAUCGGCUGUAUAGAUGGCUCUCUGGCACUGCUAAAUAGGAAUCGUGGUUCCACCAGAACCACCAAGGCCACGUUUAUUCCAACUUUUUGUGUAUGGCAUACGCAGGGUGCUCUGGUUGCCAUUUCCAAUGAAAGAGGUCAAUUGCAAUAUUAUGACACUGCCCUUAAUGUUGUUAAAUCGCAAAUAUUGUGUGAAGAUUUUAACCCUACGCCUAUUAUAGAUAUUUCAGGGUAUCUCAAUGGCCAUAUAAAUAUUGCGUCUUUAAACUGGGGCCCAAAAAAUCUUUUGUUUUCUUUGGAACAGGGCCCAAUAAUUUGCAUUACUCAUUAUGAUAGUGCCCUAACUUUUAAGAAUCUUGCGAAAAACUAUAUUUCUCAAAACAAAAUCGAUAAAGCUAUUAAAUUACUAUUAAGUUGGAAUUUUAAUGAGGACAGUUUUUGUGUGCUCCAACAAAUAUGUGCACAUAUUAUGAGGAAAAAAUUGACUGAAGAAAAUACUCAGCAUUUACAAAAUGCAUUGGGAUUUUUUCACAAUCCGCCUAUUCCCUUAUCUUCUAAUAUAAGGCAUCACUAUGGAACUCAAGUAUAUUCUUUGACAAGGCGUUUUUUUCAUCAACUAGUAAGAACUAAAAAGUUUGAAACCGCCUUUCUAUUGGCUGUGGAUUUAGCUCAUCAUGACUUGUUUAUGGAUUUAUAUUACAUAGCUGAUAAGAUUGGAGAAACUGAAAUGGCAGCAGCUGCAAGAGCACAAGCAUCGGCAUUAUUAAGCCGAUGUUCAAGCGAAGCAUCAAAUUGCUCUCGUUCAUCUUGUUCCCAGUGUUCAAACUCCGAAUCUUCUAUCAGCGAAGACUCUUCAACGCAAUGGCCAGAAACAAAAGAAUCGGAAGAAAUUUCCGGUUUAAAAAAUAAUCAAAAUGAAAACUAUCUGACAACCUAUUUUAAUCAAGUUAACCCUUUAACGCCCAAACAUCAAAAUAAUCCAAUGUGUGCUAUAAAUAUAGAAUCAACAAAAACGAAUUACAAACCAAAAGCAACAUAUGUAAAAGCUCCACAGGUACCUGCAAAUUUUAUUAAAAUAUCUCAACCAACCCCUAUUGUUCCACCCCUUCCCAACUUGGCAAAUACGCUGGGAAUACCUAGUAUUAAUUAUAACAGGAUCUCAGAAUCUAACGUCGACAAUUUAUAUAGUUUUUUUAACAACAGAAGUAGCUCUGUUUUGCCAAAGCAGUUUUCCGCUUUAAAUACCACAACUACAAGUGAAACCGAUAACUUGCCUAGUAAGUCUACAAAUUUAGAAAGUUCGCCCAGUUUAACUCAAGUAAAACCUUUUAUUCCUCCACCUCUACCAGAAACCAUGCAAAGUACCACUGCAUCUUGUUUAAUAGUUAAUAACACACGUCCAUUAUCAACUUCUUCAGUUACCGGGAAAAAGAAUCAAGCCAAAGUUAAGUUUUCCGAUACUGUAACCGCAUUUAUUGUGCCAGAAAUUGAAAAACGGCCACCUCCUGGCCGAUCCACUCUUCCUUCAUAUGUAACUGACCCUAAGAAAGAGUUAGCCGACAGUCUGCCUCUAUGCCAUCCCAAUGAGGAUUACUUAAAAGAUUUUGCACCGGUUAAAAAAUCCUCUGAUCCAGAAAGUAAGGAAGGACAGGCCAAAGUUAAAGUAGUACAUUUUGGUGUAGUAUAAUCUCCAUUGCACUUAAAAAGCCUUUUAAACUUUUGUAUGUGAUCAUUUACACUUAAUUAUUUUAGUUACAUUUUAUACGUAGGUAUUUGAAAUUAUUUUUUUUGUAUUUUAUAUAUGUACAUUAUGUACAGUACAUAUAAUAAUAAUGAAUGUUGCAUCAUAAAAGUCGCUAAGUUGGAGGUUAAUUGACUUUUAAUAGUUAUUUACGUAUGUAAGUUAAUAAAGCGUUAUCACACGUAUAUUGUACAAAUUUUUAUCUACGCCUCUAAAUGAAAAAAUAA